UAAAGCUCGUUGGGACCUGGUGAUCUGUUUGAUGCAGACAACCACGUGAAUUGAUUGCAAAGAAACUCAACACUUCACGCAAAAAAUGCCCGGUACUGCAGCUGCGAAAGAUGAAAACGGUAGUCGCUCUCUCGCCAAAAGUAAAACCCAACUAAAUUAACUACCCGAACGAGAUCUGCUUUUAUUAUCUGGGUCCUAUUCUUGAGAAUUUGAAUAUCUAGGGUUUCUUGUAUUUGUUGAGGUUACAGUGAAGACAGGCGGCGAGUCUCAUCACAUGUCCCACUGCGGAUGACAUCGAGAAAUAAGAACAGAUCGAGGACGCCCCAAAAAACCUAAUCCAUCCCCUCUUGAGCGCGCACUUUAGGUGGCGUCUGCAUCGACGCACCAUCUGUCAGCCUCUGUAAAAUUGCGUUACUGGCGUCCUAGAAUGUACGUUAGAAUUUGGGGUCUAGAAUCAUCCAGGACAUCCUGCCGUUCUCCAAAUCUCGCCUUAUAGGCUCCUUCUGCAUCAGUAGGGCUAUUCUGUCUCACUGGUUACUUCUUUCAGAACCAGCUCCGCCGCUUGUAGCAUCGUAGUUUCUAGUCGACAUUGUUGCCUCCUGUUUGAUCCCGGAUAGUCAAUAUGGCGUUGCCCGGACAGACUACGCCUGACAAUUGUCCGAGCUUCAAGCUUGUUAUUGUUGGAGAUGGAGGAACCGGGAAGACCACCUUUGUGAAGCGUCACUUAACGGGAGAGUUCGAGAAGAAGUACGAACCCACCAUCGGUGUGGAGGUUCACCCCUUAGAUUUCUUCACCAACUGCGGACGCAUCCGAUUUUACUGUUGGGAUACCGCCGGACAGGAGAAGUUUGGAGGUCUGCGUGAUGGGUAUUACAUCCAUGGGCAAUGUGCUAUUAUCAUGUUCGAUGUGACUGCAAGGCUGACCUACAAGAACGUGCCCACAUGGCAUAGAGAUCUGUGCAGAGUGUGUGAGAACAUUCCCAUCGUGUUGUGCGGAAACAAGGUGGAUGUGAAGAACAGGCAGGUGAAGGCUAAGCAGGUGACGUUCCACAGGAAGAAGAACCUCCAAUACUACGAGAUUUCCGCUAAAUCGAACUAUAACUUCGAGAAGCCAUACCUGUACCUUGCCAGAAAGUUGGCUGGUGACGUGAACUUGCACUUCGUGGAAUCUCCUGCUCUUGCUCCUCCUGAAGUUCAGAUCGACUUAGCUGCGCAGGCUCAGUACGAGGCUGAGCUUGCUAAGGCUCAAUCGAUGCCCCUUCCCGAUGACGAUGAUGAUGCUUUUGACAAUUAGAUAAUUAGUAAAUUUUUUCCUCCUCAAGUCCUCUGCCUAAUCAUGGAUCUGAGAUGGUUGGCCGUGGCGAGGUUACGCGUUGGUUUCAGAUUUUAUCUCGGACAGUCCAUGCUCCCUCUGACCCUGGGUAGAUGUGGCUAAUGUACGCCCUCGUUCAAAAGUGGAACAGAAGCUCCUUUAAUGCGACCUAGCGAAGCGUACUUUUUAUUAUUUCAAUUCCUGAUACAGAAUGAUUAUUUACCCACCAGCCUUGUUUCUGUUAUGUUUCACUUCGGCACUUGCAGCGGCUAUGGUCCAAUAGCGCCUGAGGCACUUGUGGACUUUUCAAAUAUAACCCCGGUGGGGAUUGACAGAUGACACUAGCUCCCGUUGAGUGAAGCGAAGAUUGACUUUAAGUUGGAGCGUGUGACCUAUUAUUAGUUAUGGUAUCGAGACAAGGUUUUCUAUCUUUGAGAUGUUAAAGUCUUCAGCAGGCAUUGUUGCUGUUGUACUGCGGGAUGUCUCACUGUGACCACCCAGUUUGUGAGUGUGACCGUGGCCUGGCCUAUUCUCUUUAAGUUCUGUUGUCCCUGUGAA